GCUAAGACAUGAGUCUUGGGAAGCUGCCGGUAAUCAGUUGGGUGUCCAGCUCCCACAGCAAGCGGCGCCAGAAAGGAGAUCUGACACCAGAUAUGAUCAGUCCGCCACUGGGGGACUUCCGCCAUACCAUGCACGUGGGACGUGGUGGAGAUGCCUUUGGGGACACUUCCUUCCUGAGAAACCAUGGUGGUGAGGGAACCAAACACAAUAACUUCUUUGCCCGGACUCUGAGGCACGUGAGGAGGAGCCCACUAAGGAACCGGGGAAGCAGAAGUAAUGACGAGGCCUCGCCGAUACCUCCUGCCAUCUCUCCAAUCAUCAAGAAUGCUAUAUCGCUGCCACAGCUCAAUGAGGAUAACUACAGGAAUGACGGCUGUGGUGUAAACUUUGCCUUCAAGAGCACGCCUAAUAGCUUCUCUGACUAUGGAUUGGAAUCCGGAUUCUGCACCAUCCCCCGUGCUCCUCGCUCAGAGAAGGCCCAGGACAGCUCCUACACUAAUGAAUCAGCUCUGGCUCGUUCAGACUCCUUGCUGUCUUUCCGCCUUGAUCUUGGUCCCUCCCUCAUGAGCGAACUGCUCCAUGUCAUCAGCUUCCCUGGAGACCUCAGCGGCAAAGACAGGGGAGAAGAGGAAGGUGAGGAAAGCAAAACCCCAAUCAGCAGCGGUUCCUUCUCUCCACUUCACCUGAAGAAGAGCGCCUUGGCAGAGGACUCUUUGCCCUGGAGAUCAGGGUCACUACACAAGAAUUGUGAAGACAGCAAAGUCUCGUCAGGCUUUUGGAGUCACUCUGAAGCUAGUUUGCCGCUAGGACACUCAGUAUGUACCAAUGGAGAUUCCCAUUCCAUAGAGUUGUCCCAGGAAGGGUCACCCUGUUCUAGGGGAAAGAGCUCUGACCCAGGUGCAGUAGCUACGGAGCGAAAACACACCCACUGGCAAAGGCACCAGAAUGACUGCAACGUGGAAGCAAGAGAAUUUGACCGUGCCACCCAGGUUCUAGCUUGCCACUAUGGCCCAGGAAGCACAUAUCGUAGCCAGCAACAGCAGGAAGAAUUAGGAAGCCAAGCUUCAUGGGAAAGCCCAGAUGCCAGCACAUGGCGCUCAAAGGCAGGCAUGGCAGUACAACAGGCACACAAAGCUGGAUGGCACCAGAGAGCAGAGGAGGAAGAGGAAGAAGAGGAGGAGGAAGAGGAAGAUGAUUUCUCAGGAGACUGUGCAGCCAUUGCCAGAGAGGGACACAGCAAUUCAUUUGAAUAUGUUGAUGAGGAUGAAGAAGAUGAAGUUAAGGUCUGA